GAUGGGGCGGCCCGGCGGAAGGAGCUCCAGGCCGGAAGGAGGCGGCGGAGGGCGGGAGGCAGGAGCGGGUCGGGAGGUGCUGGGCCGGAGCGGCAGCGCCGCCAUGUCCGACAGCGAGAAGCUCAACCUGGACUCGAUCAUCGGGCGCCUGCUGGAAGUGCAGGGCUCGAGGCCCGGGAAGAAUGUCCAGCUGACGGAGAGCGAGAUCCGGGGCUUGUGCCUCAAGUCGCGGGAGAUCUUCCUGAGCCAGCCCAUCCUGCUGGAGCUGGAGGCUCCGCUCAAGAUCUGCGGUGACAUCCACGGCCAGUACUACGACCUCUUGAGGCUGUUCGAGUACGGCGGCUUUCCUCCGGAGAGCAACUACCUCUUCCUGGGGGACUACGUGGACCGGGGCAAGCAGUCCUUGGAGACCAUCUGCCUGCUGCUGGCCUACAAGAUCAAGUACCCGGAGAACUUCUUCCUGCUCCGGGGCAACCACGAGUGUGCCAGCAUCAACCGCAUCUACGGCUUCUACGAUGAGUGCAAGAGACGUUACAACAUCAAGCUGUGGAAGACCUUCACCGACUGCUUCAACUGCCUGCCCAUCGCGGCCAUCGUGGACGAGAAGAUCUUCUGCUGCCACGGAGGCCUGUCCCCGGACCUACAGUCCAUGGAGCAGAUCCGGCGCAUCAUGCGGCCCACGGACGUGCCCGACCAGGGGCUGCUGUGCGACCUGCUGUGGUCCGACCCUGACAAAGAUGUGCAGGGCUGGGGCGAGAAUGACCGCGGCGUGUCCUUCACCUUCGGGGCGGAGGUGGUGGCCAAGUUCCUGCACAAGCACGACCUGGACCUCAUCUGCCGGGCGCACCAGGUGGUGGAAGAUGGCUAUGAGUUCUUUGCCAAGCGGCAGCUGGUGACACUCUUCUCGGCCCCCAACUACUGCGGGGAGUUUGACAAUGCUGGUGCCAUGAUGAGCGUGGACGAGACCCUCAUGUGCUCCUUCCAGAUCCUCAAACCCGCAGACAAGAACAAGGGCAAGUAUGGCCAGUUCAGUGGCCUGAACCCCGGGGGCCGGCCCAUCACCCCGCCCCGAAACUCAGCCAAAGCCAAGAAGUAGCUGCCGUGCCCACCCCCCACUGUCCCCACCGGCUGCACAGAAGCCACGCGGCCAGGAGGGCUGCCGGGCCUGCGGGCCCACCUGUGACGGGGACACGGAGCCUUGGUGUCUUUCCUUUUCAAUG